AUUAUCAUGAUCAUGCUCGGCCGUUCUUAUGCAAAUAUCUUUACUAUCAUUUAUCAUCAAUGGAAGAUUAAUUGAAAGUGCAGUGUUUAGUAGUGUAUGUAUGGAAUGUAUUGCAGCAGUAUUGUGGGAUUUUCUCACAAUCCAGCCACUGUUUUCUUCAACAAAUCAAUACCCUACGCUUCAAAGAUAUGUACCAGUAAAAAUGGCAGCUUCAGAGCAAAAUCCAACGAUGAAAAUGACCCAUUACUCCAAGCCGCCAUUAACGCAGCUUCUCUUCGCUUACAAGAGACCCUUCAACCAGAGCCUCUUUUUCAUGAUCCAUACGCGGGUUGCUUUAUUUCUCCCCAGUUUCGUCUUGAUGAUAAGAAGCAGUGUUCUUCUUCUCUUCAUUAUUUACUCACUACUAAAUUCAUUGAUGAUAAAUUGGUUGGCUUUGUGAACCAAGCUGAUGGACUAAAGCAGGUUGUUCUGUUAACUGAUGGAAUGGACACUCGGCCUUAUCGACUUAGGUGGCCAACCUUAACUAGAAUAUUCGAUAUAUCCCCAGAUAGAAUAUUCAAAGCAGCUACUGAAAAGCUUCAAGGGAAUGGAGCUAAACUUCCAAAAGGUUGUUUGUUACGUCAUAUUCCAUUGGAGUCCUCGAACAUUCAGCAGAGUCUGUGUGCUGAUGGUUUUAAUGGAAACCGGUCUAGUAUCUGGGCCAUACAGGGACUGCCUGUGAUGACUUUGUCCAGUUUUGAGGAGAUUUUGAUCACUGUAAGUGGUUUGGCUACAAAGGGAUGUUCGUUCUUGGGCGUAUUGCCUGCUCGGGUUGUAGAAACCAAUAUUGGAGAUGAGUCUAGUAUAAGAGAAAGGAUGGAAAAAGUGUUCUUGAGUAAUGGCUUUCGGGUGGAGAUGAUUAAGCAUGAGGAUGUUGCUAGAAGUUUUGGAAAGUUAGUAGCGCCGGGAAACUACAAGACUGUACUGUUUGUUGCUGAACAGUUGCGGUUUUCUGAUGAUCAAAUGGAAACAUGGAGAAGUGAGUUCCAGAGACUCGAUGAAGAAGGGGAUGAAGAAGGUUUCGAGGAGCUUUAGAUGUAACAAGUAAUUUUUAUUAGUCAACAACAAGACUAAGAAAACAUCCAGGUGAACUAAUUUGAUGGCUAGUUUGAUUUUUGUAAUGGGCGUGGCCAUGAUGGAUGUCUUUUAGGCAAAUUGUGAUAAUAUUCAAAGGUUUCAACGAAAACUAAGGCGUUGUUUGGUUGGAAAUAAUAAAAUGGAAUGCAAUGAUAAAAAAAUAAUUUUUAUAUAAUUUUUUUGUUUUAUUGUAUUUUAAAGUAUUAGAAUGUCAUUCUAAUUGAAUGACGUUUCCAUCAUUUUGAUGGAAUGACUAGAAAGAAAAGUCAUUCUAAUAGAAAAAAUUUAAUAAUUUUUGUAUCAA